CAAAGCCCCUGAAUCUGGUCCUGGCAGACACGAUAUUUCCCAGCUCCCAGACUCGUUGUGCGUCGAUACUCAGCACGGGCUGCUCACGCAGAGGCGGACAUUGCACUUCUCCUUCGUUUUCUGCCUUUUCCUUGCUAGUUCUGGGCCUCCCCGUGCGAAAAUGGUGACCGGGCGAGACGCCGCCACGCUGUUAUAAUGACCAUGGCCAAAGAGAACUACGGCGAGACCAACUUCGGCGAUGACGACCGAGGCCUGCUGGCCGGCGAACCAGAGAGAGGCGACCUCUCCAUCAUCACGAGCGUGCUCAAGGCACCACGACCCGACUUUGAGAUCGAAUCCAAGACGCCGCGAACGCCCGGCCGCGUGCAGUUCGACCUGACGCCGCGCAUCCUCAACUUCAGCGACGGACCCCUCCACGGACGGCCGUCGACGUCGUCGCUCUCGUCUGACGAUAGACUCGACUUUGACGAUGGCGCCACUUCCAUAAACGACUCGCACCGCGUACCGCUGCUCACCGAGAUCGAGGCGCCCAGCAUCACGGUCGCUCGAGAAUGGGAUGACGCGGGCGAAGAAGACGAAGAGAGCGCCGCGACGGCAGAGCUGCGGCGGCCCAAGUCCGGGCUCAAAUCGGCCUUUAUGAACAUGGCCAAUUCCAUCAUCGGCGCCGGCAUCAUCGGCCAGCCAUAUGCAAUGCGGCAAGCGGGCCUGCUGGCGGGCACGGUGCUGCUCGUUGCGCUGACCGCGGUGGUGGACUGGACCAUCUGUCUGAUUGUCAUCAACAGCAAGCUCAGCGGAACGAGCAGCUUCCAGGGCACGGUCGAGCAUUGCUUUGGGCGCCCCGGGCUGAUUGCGAUAAGCAUUGCGCAGUGGUUGUUUGCCUUUGGCGGCAUGGUGGCGUUUGGAGUCAUUGUGGGCGAUACAAUCCCGCAUGUCUUGACAGCUAUAUGGACGGACCUGGGGAGUGUGCCGGUGCUGGGGCUGUUGACGAACAGACGAGUCGCGAUUGCGGUAUUUUGCAUGGGAAUCAGUUACCCAUUGACUUUGUACAGGGACAUUGCAAAGUUGGCCAAGGCGAGUACAUUGGCUCUUAUCGGCAUGCUGGUCAUUGUCGUUACAGUGCUGGUACAAGGCGUGCUUGUUCCAUCUGCAGACCGCGGUUCCUUCAGCACGCCGUUGUUGACAAUCAACAGCGGCAUCUUUCAGGCUAUUGGCGUGAUAUCAUUUGCAUUUGUCUGCCAUCACAAUUCCCUCCUCAUCUACGGCUCCCUCAAGACACCGACAAUCGACAACUUCUCCCGCGUUACGCACUACUCCACCAUCGUAUCCAUGCUCGCGUGUUUGAUCAUGGCCCUCGGCGGCUUCCUCACUUUUGGCGACAAAACAAUGGGCAAUGUGCUCAAUAACUUUUCAUCGGACAACUCCAUGGUCAACGUCGCGCGGUUGUGCUUUGGCCUCAACAUGCUGACGACUCUGCCUUUGGAAGCAUUCGUCUGCCGCGAGGUCAUGAUUACGUACUUUUAUCCAAACGAGCCGUUUGAUCUGCGGCGACAUCUGAUAAUCAGCACGGCACUGGUUGUGGGCGCCACGACUCUGAGCAUGUUGACAUGUGAUUUGGGCAUCGUCUUUGAGCUCGUGGGUGCAACCAGUGCGGUUGCCAUGGCAUACAUCUUGCCGCCCAUGUGCUACAUCAAGCUGACGACGAGGAGUUGGCGCACAUAUGUGGCUGGCGCAAUAGUGGUGUUUGGAGUUGCCGUCAUGGUAAUCAGCGUGAUUCAGGCAAUAGAUAAAAUGAUUAAUGGCUCAGAGACUACAACGCAGUGCACGUAGAACAGCAAAGCCCACGAACUUGAAAUUUUAGAACUUAGCAACUGUAUGACUACGAAAGCAUAUAUAUAUAUAUAGAAAGCAUGGAACCAAAGGAAUAUGCAUAACUCCCUAGAUGCAGGGACAAGGAUUGAACAGGACUGUAUAUACGUGCAAUAAGGAAGUCUGGUUGGACUCGGACUUUUUAUUACCGCUUUGUGGACUGUGCACGAGUUUGUGUAAGACUAGCUGUGGUGAUCUCCAUAGAUGGGUCAUAUGAAGACAUAUAGAUGGAAUAUCCUGUGCAGUAAAAAAAACAUGGACUAAUCUUGGUACGUAUUUG